AUGACAUCAAUUUUUGAUCAAUACGAACAAGCAUCUCAGGUCUCUCAGCGUACGGUGCCAGAGUCUGAACAAAUGACUUCAUCUGGCUAUAUCAACAUGAAGCUUGAUGACAAUAGCCCAAUGUUUUCAAAAAGAAAAAUGAAUUUCAACCCUUCCGAUCUUAUCACCCAUGUAGCCGUUUCUAGUGACUUUUUAGUCCUCGCUAUGGCUAAUGGAAAACUAUUUAGGCUUGAUUUGAAAAUGCCUGAUCAACAUGAAGAAAUACAUUAUUCUAAAUUUGUGCAGCCAAAUUCAAAGCUAACUGCAAUUUUUCUUGAUCCACUUGGUUACCAUCUCCUCAUGGCUUUUGCUGCCAGAAACAAAGAGGGUAACCCUGAACUAGUAUACUUGCAUAGAAAGAGCAGUAAAUUGAAAACUGUCACUAAAUCCAGAAAUUAUGAGGUGACAGAAGUUGGUUGGAAUUAUGAGAAUAGAUCGACCACUUCUACAGGGCCUAUUUUGUUGGGAACUUCACAAGGACACAUUUUAGAGACUGAACUUGAAUCAGACAGCGAUAAAAUGUUUACAGCUAGUCAGCAAUAUUGGAGACAGCUGCCUAAUUAUCUGCCAUUGUAUGGAGGCAAGGAAAUUGAUGGUUUGAUUUUCGAUAUUGGAAAAGGGAAAGACACUCCAAUAACUGGAAUCCAAUUCCACAGAGUGAACCAUACAAGCAAAUAUUUUAUUUUUGUCACAACUCCAAAGAGGCUAUACCAGUUUAUAGGUCAGGCAAUAUUUACUGAUGAUAAACCCUCCCUCCAGUCUAUUUUCCACUCAUAUCUUACAAGGACGGAGACCGACUUCCAAGAUAUUCCAUCUACACUAAAAUAUUCAAAACUCCAGUUCUUCUUUGAUAAAACAAAUACUCCAAAGACUUUUGCUUGGUUGACUGAACCUGGCAUAUUUUAUGGUCAGUUGGACCCUACGUCCCAACAAAACUCAAACUCACUUAUCACUCAAAGCGAACUUAUCAACUACCCACCAGAUAAAUCUGAUAGCAAAGAAUCUGCACCUCUUUCCUUUGUCUUAACAGAAUUUCACGCGCUGCUCAUGUAUUCAGACCGAGUGAAAGCAGUGUCUCUUCUAAACCAAGAAUUAGUCUAUGAAGACACAUAUUCUGAAAUUCAUGGGAAACUAAAAAACAUCGUCAUGGACCCAGCUAGACGGACUAUUUGGACUGUCACUGGCAAUGCAGUAUUUCGCUACAAAGUUAUACGAGAGGAACGUAAUGUAUGGAGGAUAUACUCGGACAAGGAACAAUUCGACUUGGCCAAACAAUACUGUCAGAAUAAUCCAGCGUUUAUAGAUAUUAUUAAUGUGAAACAAGCAGAGUUGCUUUUCUCUAAGGGCGAAUAUGAAAGAAGUGCUGAAAUUUACGCCGAAACCCAGAGCAGUUUCGAAACUGUAUGCCUCAAAUUUUUAGAGGUGGAAAAAGUGAAUGCAUUAAAGGUCUAUCUAUCUAAGAGGUUAGAUGCGUUAGACGACGAUAAGACUCUCAUCUCAAUGAUCGUCAUUUGGAUGACUGAGUUAUAUUUAUCCCAACUUGGCUUUUUAAGACGCACUGGCAAAGCUGAUUCACGGGAAUACCACCAAAUCCAAAGUGAUUUUGAAGUAUUCCUUCUCCAACCUAAAGUGGUAAAAUGCAUGCAACACAUAAAAUCUGUUGUGUACGACCUGAUGUCGUCACACGGGGACAAACAGAACCUAAUAAAACUAACAGUGAUCAAUGAGGACUAUGAGAAUGUGAUAGCCCAAAAUAUAUACAAAAAGUCGUAUAUAGAAGCGCUAAAUAUGCUACAGACUUUAAAGAAAUCGGAUCUUUUCUAUCAAUUUGUACCAGCUUUGAUGGAGGAGAUCCCGAAGCAGACGGUUACGGCUCUGAUCGCGCAAGGACAAAUGCUGAGUCCAUCCAAGCUGUUACCAGCUUUUCUUUCCUGCGAGAACGAUGAACUUCACGUAUCGGAGAUUAUAAGAUAUUUGGAAUUCAUGCUUCAGAACUUCAAUGUGAAGGAUCGAGCGAUCCAUAAUUACCUAUUAACUUUGUAUGCGGAGAAUGAUAAAGUGGCUUUGAUGAGGUAUUUGGAUCGACAGGGUCAGGAGCUGUCGAUGGUGAACUAUGACGUACAUUAUGCUCUAAGGCUUUGUAGAGAGAAAGAUCUAUCGGAGGCGUGCGUGAAGCUGUCGGCGCUGCUCGGGCUGUGGGAGGCGGCGGCGGCGCUGGCGCUGCACGUGGGGCUGCCGCUGGCCAAGGCCGUGGCCGACAUGCCCGACGACGUGGCGCUGCAGAGGCGGCUGUGGCUUGGCGUAGCGGAGCAUGUCAUCACAAAGAAUCAAGAUAUAAAGGAAGCGAUGAGUUUGCUCGAGGAGUGUCCGCUCAUAAAGAUAGAAGAUAUUCUGCCUUUCUUCAGCGAUGUGGUCACCAUCGAUCACUUCAGAGAACCUAUAUGUCAAUCAUUGCAGGAAUAUAAUAAUCAGAUAGAAGAACUCAAAGCUGAGAUGGAAGAUGCAACAAAAUCAGCAGAAUAUGUGCGCAACGAGAUCCAGUCGUUCCGCAACCGCAGCGUGCACGUGUCGGUGUCGGACGCGUGCCGGCUGUGCGCGCUGGCGCUGCUGCUGCGCCCCUUCUACCUGUUCCCGUGCGGCCACCGCUUCCACGCCGACUGCCUGCUGGCCGAGGCGCGCCCCGUGCUCGCUCCAGCCCGUCGCAACAAGCUAGCAGAUUUACAGCGCCACCUAGCGGUACUUUCCAACGUAGAGCUCUCCGCCAUCACCUCCAACGGUCUCCCGCUCAGAGAAGUGCUAAAGAACGAGAUAGAUGACAUAGUGGCCAGCGAGUGUGUGUUCUGCGGGGAACAUAUGAUCGCUUGUAUCGACAAGCCUUUCAUUGCUGACGAGGAUUGGGACAGAGUUAUGAAGGAAUGGGAG